AUGUUUGUUCUAUCAGCUUACUCCUCUCAUAUACACUGUUUGGUUUCUGUCGUCUUAGGUCUCUCUCUUUUCUUCUCAUUAUUUUUUUCUUCACUCACCUUUUCUCUUUUAGUCAGUGAGGUUCGCUUUCCACUUUUUUCGUUUCUCUCUCAAAGUUACUCCUCUUUAUUCUGUAUAUCUCUUUCUUUCUCUGAAUUCUCUACCUCUCUCUCUCUCUCUCUCACACACACUUUUCUUCUCCUCCAACCACUCUUUUUCAUUCGCUUACUUCUUUCCUCCCCCUCCUUCAUCCUGCAUCUCGUCUUCUUCCGACCCUCUUUUACUCUCCCUCUCACGCUCUCUAUCUCACUCUCUCUCUCACACACACUUUUCUUCUCCUCCAACCACUCUUUUUCAUUCGCUUACUUCUUUCCUCCCCCUCCUUCAUCCUGCAUCUCGUCUUCUUCUUCCGACUCUCUUUUACUCCCCCUCUCACGUUCUCUAGCUCUACUCUUUGUUCUUUUCUGUCUCCAUAUUCUUUCUGUUUAUUCUCUCUCGCUUUUCUUUUUCUUCCGCCCUCCUACCUCUCUCCUCUUCCCUUUACUAAUCUCCUUUCUUUUCCCUUCCUUCCUUUCUUUUUCCCUCCUCUUAUUUUCUCACUGUUGCUGCCCUCCUCUCUCUAUCUCCCUCUCCUUUCUCUCACAUUUUUCUCUCGUUCAUUUGUACACGCCUACUUAUCUAUCUAUCUAUCUUUAUCUAUCUAUCUAUCCGAUCUAUCUAUCUAUCUAA